GUCAUAUUGACUUUUACUUUUAGCGCUUCACAUACAAAUGAUCUACCUAAACCAGGGAAUUACUUGCUUCUGUUUAUGUCUCAUAUGGAUUGCAUAAUAUAGUGUCUAGUGAUUUGAUUCUAUAUUCUCAAUGUAUCGCGCAACUCGGUUGCGUCCUAGAUUGCGAUGGCAAAGAUCUAGACCAGCUGCGCAGAUCUUGCGAAGAAGUUUGGUUACAGAUGCUGAUGUUCACAAGGCGAGGCAAUAUUGCAUCGCCCAAUUGAGACAGUCCGACUAUGAUUCCUUCCUAAUCCGAAACUUCAUCCCUCAAUCGAGACGAGAUGCCUAUGAUGCCUUUCGCGCUCUGAAUCUUGAGCUUGUGCGCCUUCCAGAGCUUGUGUCUAACCCCGCCAUCGGUCAGCUGCGUGUUCAGUUCUGGCGCGAUGCCAUCAACAACACUUUUGCUGGCCGCCCGCCUAAGGAACCCAUUAUGCUCCUCCUCCACGAUGUCCUAUUACGCCUCGCAGAGACCUCCUCCCAAAGUAACCCCAGCUCUAUCAAAUUCUGGUUGCUGCGGAUGAUCAGCACUCGUGAGAAGCAUAUGGAUAACCGACCUUUCCCGAGUCUUUCUGCGCUUGAGGACUAUGCCGAAAAUACAUAUUCCACUCUGAUGUACUCUACACUGGCUACCCUAUCCAUUCAGUCUACGCACAUGGAUCAUCUAGCCAGUCACAUUGGGAAGGCAUGCGGCAUUGCUGCAGUAUGCAGAGGCAUCCCCGUUCUGGCCUCGCCUGCCCCAUCCGUCAAGUCGCCCGAUGGUGCAAACGUAGCCGCGAGCAGAAAUCCAGUCUUGCUUCUGCCGUUGGAUAUCAUGGCUGAGACCGGCUUGAGAGAAGAAGACGUUUAUCGUCAUGGUCCCGAAGCUGAGGGCUUUCAGGAUGCUGUUUUCAAAGUAGCAACUCGUGCUAAUGACCACCUUAUCACAGCUAGAGAGAUGUUAAAAAACAUCCGAGCAGGAGAGCAUCCAGGGCAUGAAUACGAACACCAGGGCGAAGAACAGCAUGAGUAUCCCGAUUCAGACCCAGGUCAAGAAGGUUUUGAUCCCUUACUCCAACGGGGAUUUGGAGUGCUACUCGAGGCCAUACCGGCGAAUGACUACCUUACCCGUCUUGAAGCUGCGGACUUCAAUCCAUUUACGGUAAAAAGCAGCUGGAAACUCCCAUGGAGAUUAUGGCGAGCGCAUAAGGCCCAACAAUUCUAAAAUAAAACGACGCAAGGAACCCUGAACACCAUGAUGAGAUGGAUGUCAGCACUUGUCUAAAAAUACAACAAAGACUUUAUCUUUCCAAGACUUAUAUAUACAUAAC